AUGUGGAGAACGGAGAAGUCAUGCGUAGUGUCAGAUUCUACAAUUACCAACAAGUUUGGAGAUCGUCCUCCUUGUACCUAUUCCAUCAAGAUCCAAAGCCUUUCUCAGCUCAAGACGACUUGCUUGUCCGAAGACAGAGACAGAUACAAAUCCCGUACUUUCGCUUCCGGCAACUACAACUGGAGAUUGGUUGUGUAUCCUAAAGGAAACGAAAAAGACAAUGGUAGCGGAUUUAUUUCAAUGUAUGUUGAAUUAGAUAGCACAAGCCUCUCCGCGUCAACGGUAUUGGCAUAUCUCACCUUCUUUGUCUAUAACAAGAAAGAAAAUAAAUAUUUUACUAUUCAAGAUGUUGAAGGGAAGCAGUUCAAUGCAUUAAGACCGGUGUGGGGAUUUCCGCAAGUGCUUCCGCUUGAUACAUUCAAUGAUCCUAAAAGCGGAUAUGUUUUCGAGGGAGAUCAAUGCGAGUUUGGUGUUGAUGUGAUGGUUCCCUUGAACAAUUGGGAAGUUUUCUCCAUUGCUGAGAAACCCUCUAUAUUCCCAAGUUCUCUUGGACGGAUGAUAAAAUUGUUUCCCAAAGGCAAACAGUUAUCCCUCUAUUUGUACUUAGCUGAAAACGAAAAAUUGAAGGCAGGUGAAACGAUUUACAUGCAAGCAAAUAUCCGAAUUCUCGACCCGUUUGGAUGCAAUCACGUAACAAAGAAGUUGAACGUCGGGUACCAAAACCCAAGUCGAAGUUGGGGUUGGGGUGAAUUUUUGUCUAUAGCUGAACUUGGAAAGGCUUACUUGGACAAAGAAGGUUCUUUGAAAAUAGAGAUCGAAUUUGAAGCUGUUUCUACCACCAAAUACUCUCCAUAA